AUGCCUACCAGGAGGGUCCGAGACAGCGAAAGAAGGCGUUGCGCCGAAGCUUGUGAAAACUGCAAGCGUCGCAAACAGAGAUGUGAUGGUCGUCGGCCUUGCGCCCGCUGCAUCAAGCGAGGCCUUGGUCAUGAAUGCCACGAGCCGCAGUCAACUCCAAGUCUUGGGGGCCGUCGCAUUGUCGCGUCGUCUUUACCAAGCCCGGACCCGGAUAGACUCAGCAGUAUUACAGAGCAGACUACACCGGCUGGCAGUAUAACCGUCGGUUCGGGAUCAGCAUUGACGUCGGCGGAGGAUACCUAUGUCGACGACAGGGCCUCUUCCUCCUUACAGCUGCUUUCCGACACCCAACCAGAGCGACUCCCUCGCAUGUCGCGUCUUGUGCAAGAUACAAGGGGCGAAUACAUGUUCAUUGGCGACUCAGCCACACUGUCGUUUCUUCAGAAUAUUCGGAGAAUUGUACGACGGAGCAUAGGAGACUGCGCUCUUGUCGACGACCCAUUGCGGCACGGCAUCGUUGAAGCGUCGCCUGAAACACGGCGAGGAUGGAUUCUCUCAAGCGCUCAGAACCCACCUCCAAGUCAGUCAGAUCAGGAUGUUGACUAUCUUGUGAGGUGGUAUAUGCAAUCGGCCAAUUGCGUACUGCUUUUAUUCGACCAGAAAGACCUUGAUCGCCGCAUUCGCAAGUGGAUCGAGGAUGGACAAGACAUCGCAGAUCCUGCCAGUUCCGUUUACUAUCUUGUCUUCGCAAUCGGUGCACAAACAGGGCCAGAGGAUAAAGAUGAGUUGGCCGAGAGCUUUUUCAACUAUGCUCGAUACUUAACGGUCGAAACUCUGAUUGAAGAACCAGGCAUGAUCACCAUCCAAGCACUGGUCCUCAUUGCGAUGUAUCUACUGGGUGCGUCGCGUCGCAACGCAGCAUUCAUGUACCUUGGCAUGGGCGUUCGAGCUGCGUAUGCGAUUGGCCUUCACCGGCACGACAUAUCUUCCCUUUUCCCGCCAAGCGAGGGCCGCAGCAGGGAACAGCUGUGGAAAGGCAUCCGGAUUCUCGACCUCUUUAUGAGCGCAUCAUUAGGUCGGCCUCCAUCGACGUCUGAGCUUCGAGAUACAGCAAACCCCCAAAAUUACUCAGCUUGCAACGAUUUGUCAAUGAUCUUUGAGGCGAUUCUUACUGAUGUAUACGCCAAAAGGAUGAUUUCCCCGGAAAUAUUGGAACGGAUCAGCAAACAUCUUCGUCGAUGGACUGCGCAAUGCAGUGAGGGUCUCGUUGUCGAUGGCAUUGAGCAGGAAGACUUGAUACGUGAUCUCAAUGGCGAUGAACAGCCCAACAUCGGCCUAACCCACCUCAAACUGACAGGGCACUGGACGGUCAUGUUGCUUUCGCUUCCAUUUCUGCACAAGGCAGUCUCCCAACAUGUUGAAGAAAACGAACAAUCCUCACAAGGAACUGCAAAGCGCACAUCAUCUUCGAACCAAAUCCUGGUGCAUUCCUGUCUCGAAUCAGCAGUACGAACAGUCGAUCUCCUUCAACCAUUGGUCAAAACUGGCACUAUACCGAAGCGUUUACCGAUGGUAGGGAACUCGGCGUUUGUUUCUGGUCUUGUACUCGGCGCAGCUAUCUUUGGCGACUUUGACAACUCUUUCCCACUCGAAAAGAGCCUUCAAGGCGCAAGGGGGGUCCUCGAGCGUUUCAGUCGCUACGACGCGGUGGCCAAGCGCCAUCUGAUGAUCUUGGAUCAUCUCCAAGGGGCAUGUGGCAUAUACAUGGACAACAGAGCUAGACGCCGAAUGGAACGACAGGGGCAUCUUGUCAAUGGUCUGUUUGGAAGCAUCCAUACCAUAGGCAAAUCGCCUAAUCGGUCAUCUCAACAAUCAGAAAUAAAUUCCAGACUCUCAUCAACUGAAGGGGUCCAAACACAACCGCAGACACCUAGGGCUGGACAAGGGCCUGACACUGAGAUGUCUGAUGACCAACAAGGCUUUUCGCUGGGGGGUGGAGGACAGUCAGAAAUCGAUAUUUCGGGCUCAGCAGAUGCUUUUCUGGGAAUUUCUCCAAAUAUGCUCUGGUUCGACUCUUUCGACACGACCAUGUCCUUGUUUCCAAUUGUUGACACGCACAUAAUGGGCGAUGAGCUAACGUGA